AUGAACAAGAACGCAUUUGAAGUUUUAUCACCAGACGCUGAAGAUAGUGGAGAUGUGAGUAUACACGAAGAAAGUAAAGCGCUUUCAGACGCCACUGUAGCCGUUGGAGAGCAUGCCUUGAAUAGCAAGUUUACAUUUUGGUUCUCGCGACGACCGCCUGGUAAACAACAGACACCAGUAAACUAUGAAGAAAACAUUAAACCCGUUGGCACUGUUGCCUCGGUCGAACAAUUCUGGAAUUAUUACAGUCAUAUGGCACGGCCAGGGGAUCUGACAGGACACAGUGAUAUACAUUUAUUCAAGGAUGGCAUCAAGCCCAUUUGGGAGGACGAAGCCAAUCGUGAAGGUGGCAAAUGGAUUAUAAGAUUGCGAAAGGGCCUUGCUUCUAGAUAUUGGGAGAAUUUGAUUUUAGCAAUGAUAGGAGAGCAGUUUGCAGUUGGAAACGAAAUUUGCGGUGCUGUUGUAUCUAUCCGGUUUCAGGAAGAUAUUUUAUCCCUGUGGAAUAGAUCUGCUACCGAGCAGCUAGUUACUGCUAGAAUCAGGGAUACACUGAAACGAGUUCUUGGACUACCGGCCAACACCAUUUUGGAAUAUAAAUCACAUAAUGAUAGCCUAAAAUUGUGCGCUUUUUUUCAUUUAGAGAUAACUCGAGUUAUAGGAAUACUGAUGUUUUCGUGA